CCCGGCGUACAGAAACUUUUUAUUAUACGUGUGUUUUGCCCUAGAGUCAUUUUUUUUCAGUGGCACGUUUCGAUUUUUCUUGUACUCUGGUUUGAAAUUACAUUGCAUUUUUGCACAUGCAAAGAUACAUCAUUUCGAGUGCGGAAUAGUAUUUACAUCUCUAGCGUUACGCGAUCGCUCGUUUUAUCUUCAAUAUAUUUUACCGUCAUAUAUUGCGGAAACUUAGUAAAUUUUGUGAUACAAUGGAUAAUAUAACAAAGAUGUGGAUGGGACCACUGCCAAAUGAUUCGCCUUACGUGAAGCCCUUUAGACUCUACUAUGUACAGAAUGGUGUCGAAAAAAAUUGGGAUUUAUUAAAAGUACAUGAUAGCGUUGCGGUAAUUCUGUACAACUCAACACGGCGCGUUCUAAUCUUUGUGAGACAGUUUAGACCAGCUGUCUACCAUAGUAAAUAUACUGCUUGCGGAUAUGAUGCGGCAGAAAUAGACUUGAAGAGAGUUCGCCCAAACAUUGGUAUCACUUUAGAACUGUGCGCUGGUAUUGUGGAUAAGGAAAAGAGUUGGCGUCAGAUUGCUCGCGAAGAGGUAUUAGAAGAGUGUGGCUACGAUGUACCUCUCGAUGGUAUUGAAGAAGUUAUGUCUUAUAGGUCCGGUGUAGGUUCUUCUGGUGCGGCUCAGACGAUGUAUUACUGCGAGGUUACCGAUGAUGACCGAGUUACUAAAGGUGGUGGUGUAGGCGAUGAAAUUAUUGAAGUUGUUGAGUAUACAAUCCCAGAAGCCGCAAAACUGUUGUCAAAAGGCGAUAAAGUAAAUAGUCCACCCAGUUGCCUCUUAGGAAUAGCAUGGUUUUUGAUGAAUAAGGCCCCAAAAAAUUGAUGUAGCAAAAUAAUAAUGGUUCGGAUAAGAAUUAAUGGGUUAGAUUCAAAUUAAAAAAAAAAAAAACGGGAAGCUAGUAUUGUUAGAGAUAAUCAGUAAUCAUAUAGUAUAUAGAAUUAUAUAUAUUAUAUAUAUAUACUAUGAUAUAAAAAACGUUGAUCAAUAAAAUCACAGGCAUACAAGCGAUUUAGCUGCUUCCUGAAGGCAAUUGAAGGCUUUUAAUAAUUCGUAUUAAUAUUUUUCCUAUUACUAAAUAUCCUACAUAUGCUUACACAUGUAUACAUAAAAACAUUAUCCGAUAAUGUAUGAGAAUAAAAAAACAAUAAAUGAAGACAUAAUAGUAAUAGUUACUAUUUGUAAAU